UUGGAUGAAGUUAGAAAUAGACCACAUUAUGGAUUCAAUGAUGGAUAUGUUGGAUUCUUUGCAGACCUCCAAUCAGAAAUACUGGAGAUCAUUGAUAUUCCAAAUAUUGACAGUAUUACCAAGGAAGAGAGAUCAUUAGUAAGAAUAGAGUUGGAGAAUCAAAAGUUUGAUCCUGAUCGAUAUAUGGAGAACUUCUACUUCCAAGAUGAUGUUAAUGAAUUAUUGCGAUACAAAGCAUUCUGGGAGGAUGCAAUUGAGAAGAAGAAACAACUAAAGGAACAGAUGGCAGUGGAUAAUGUUGCACCUUUGGAAACACCUCUGGAAACAAACGUGGAAACAUUGGAAACAGCGGAAACAAACACGGAAACACAAGCGGAAACAUUGACAACAAAAGAGUUCAACCCAUCAAACUUGGAGGAGUUUGGUGAGCUCACUAAUGAGACUGAGUUCCAAGCUGAUAGUGAGCUUCCAGACGAUAUAAUCAAUCAAAUCAACGCAACAUUGUCAAAGAAGAUUGAUAUCGUGGGCCAGGCACCAUCAGAUACCAAGUCAAACACAACAACUAAAGACUAUGACCAACUCAACAAACUGAAGAAAGUGGUGUCAUUCACGGAUGAGGAACGCGAUACAAUGAAGAACCUGCCAAACAAGGAGUACUUGGUCCAGAAUAAUGAGAAGUCUCUGCUGCUGGGCCUGGUCGACAUCAUGUUUGCUUACGCGUACAACGUACGCUCCAACUAUGGCGACGACAACAUCGAGUCGGCAUGGACCAUCUGCAAGGUCAGCCCCACAUUGGCCGGCCUCGAGACAUUCCGCUCGCUCAAGACCGUGCUGGCGGCGUGCUUCCGUCGCUCACUGGCCUACCCCCUGUACCGCAGCUGGUCACUGUCGGAGCGCGUCCUAAACGAUGUGCGUCUGAUCUUCCAGCUGGGCAAGAGAUGUUUACUCAAGUGCCUGCUGGCGGUGCGCAAGAGUCUCGAGGGACACGAGUACAAAUAUUAUCUGAACCGUCUGGUCAUCGAUGACUACUGUGUGUGGCUGCAGUACGCCAGUAAGAAGCGACUGCGCUCACUCAAGAAGAAGUUGAACUACUUUACCAUUGCCAAGUCAGACGUUGAAUGGCCUUUGGAGGCCUACGAGAAGUUGGUCCAAGAGGAAGGUAUGGUGUUUGAGGAUGUCGAUCAA